UCUAAGAAUCUCAGUCUCAAAUCUCCCACUCCGAGAAUUAAAAAACCUCUUAAGUUAGGGCGAAGAAAUCAAGAGGAAUGGCACCGAUCGCAGUCGGCGACUCUAUCCCCGACGGAACCCUGGCCUGGUUCGACGAGAACGAUCAGCUGCAGCAGCUCCCCAUGCAUUCCCUUGCCAAGGGCAAAAAGGUCAUUCUCUUCGGCGUCCCCGGCGCCUUCACCCCUACCUGCAGUAUGCAGCACGUGCCGGGUUUCAUCUCUAAAGCAGAGGAGCUUAAAUCCAAGGGAGUUGAUGAGGUCCUCCUUGUUAGCGUUAAUGAUCCCUUUGUCAUGAAGGCAUGGGCAAAAACCUACCCUGAUAACAAGCAUGUCAAAUUCCUAGCUGAUGGGUCAGGAACCUACACUCAUGCUCUUGGCCUCGAGCUUGAUCUCUCUGGGGAAGGCCUUGGGAUUCGCUCCCAAAGGUUUGCUCUCCUUGCUGAUGACCUGAAGGUCAAGGUUGCGAACAUUGAGGAGGAUGGAGCUUUCACCAUCUCAGGUGCUGAUGAGAUCCUUAAAGCUCUCUAAAGGAAAUCAUUGUUGUGUUUGAGGAUCGGUGGAGCUUUCACCAUCUCAGGUGCUGAUGAGAUCCUUAAAGCUCUGCACAGGAAAUCAUUGUUAACGGUAUUCUAUCUGUCGUUACCUUCCAUGUUCAGCUGUAAUGCUGUUGCUGAAAUUGUGCCCCAAAAGUUAUGUUUUCAGACAUGUUACUCUCCUAAGUAUAGUGAAAUUUUUGCCUCACUUGUUAAAAGUAUAUUUGGAUUCUGAAUAAGGGUGUUUAAAUUGGAUAAUCUUUUGUGCUACUGGCGUUUCUCAUGUAUUGUGAUUGGAUGGAGCUUUCA